AUGGUGCCCAUGCGCUCGAAUGGCCUCUGGUCCGAAGCGCUCGCGAUGCCCGACUCUCCAGACGCGCACCCCCUCGAACUUGUCCCAGGCGCGCAGAGCACGCUCGUACCCCGGCGCAUGCACGAUUCGUACUGCGAGAUUACGUUGCCGUUUGCGUCAAACCCGCAGCUGCUCGAGAGCUAUACGAACGCGUCCGGCGGGAUCCGCACAGGCCUCCUAAUGGAGCACCUCGACUCGCUCGCAGGAAGCAUUGCGUACAAACACAUGCUUGGCCCAGACGUGAGCGCGGUACCGAAAAAUAACGGCUUCUACAUGGUAACCGCAUCCGUCGACAGGCUAGACAUGCUCGCGUCGCUGUACCCUGUGCGCGAUAUGCGGCUUAGCGGCCAAGUCAUUCACACUGGUAGGAGCUCUCUAGAGAUUGCCGUGCGCAUGGAAGCUUUGGGCGACGGUACAGAGCAGACUGUCAUGCUCGGCCGGUUCUGCAUGGUAUGCAGGAACGCACGGACGCAUGGCUCCGCUCCCGUCAACCCUCUCAGCCUUGACGCCCCCGAAGACCACAUACUGUAUACUAUUGGAGAAGUACACAAGAACAAACGUCAGUCGCGCGCCACACGUUCCUUGAACCGUGUGCCUCCCACGUCCUCGGAAGCCGAGGCGCUGCACUCCCUCUUCCUGCAACACGGCCAAAACGAAGGUGGAGACUCACCGACGGCUCCCGAUCAGGAGCGAGUAUGGAUGGGAGACACUCGUCUCGAGAAGACACUGAUCAUGUUCCCGCAAGAACGAAAUGUGCACCAGAAAAUCUUUGGUGGCUAUCUCAUGCGUCUGGCGUACGAGCUCGGGUUUGCAAACUCGUGUCUCUUCACGCGCGACCACGUUACGUUCGUUUCCCUUGACGGGAUAUCCUUCGCACGGCCAGUACCCAUCGGAUCUCUACUACGGCUUACGUCCUAUGUCGUCAACUCGGCGUCUUCGGAUAACUACCCAACCCUCGUGCACGUGUGGGUACACGCCGAUGUCGUGAACCUAGCAACGGGCGCAGAGCAGCGGACGAACGACUUCCGUUUCACGUGGGGCAGGGAGAGCGGGCCUCCGCUCAAGCGCAUGAUCGUUCCCAAGACUUAUGGCGAGGCAAUGCAAUGGCUCGAAGGGCGAAGGGCGCUCGAGAUGGGAUCCGAGAUCCGGAAGUUGCGCAAGAGGCCUUAA